ACUGUGCAAUCAAACAAGAGUCAAGUGAUAUUUAUUAGACCAUUUCGUACGCAAUAUAAGUGCGUAAUUAAGUGAAAAUGACACCCAAAUAUCUAUGGGAUGUUAUAAUAGUGUCCCUUUUGCUGGGAAAUGUGAAUGUGAUAUCUUCUGAGGUAUCGACUCCUGAUGGAAUAACCACAGAUCUAGACUCAACAUUAACAUCAAGUGAGGACAGUGAUGAAGAUAAUAAAGAGACAACUGAUCUUAAAUCCCUCUUGCUGAAGUACGAAUCGGAUGACGGCAAUAUUUGCCUUUUGGAUAUGAUUAAAGAGGAUGUAAUAUGGUGGAUAUAUUCUAACGGAACCCUAAAGGAAGGAACUAAAAAAUUCGCAUACAAAAUGUAUUUGGAUCUAUCGCAUGGUAACCUGAAGGAAGACUCCGACUUGUUGCAUGCUACCAGAUCAGCGAGAAAGUUCAUCGGAUGGAGAAUAGAGAUCUUCUCGGCCGCCUUUAAUUCGUUGAGAGCUGCACCGUUCAAAACCCUACACACCAUGAAGGAAUCCUUAAAGUUUUUAUCGCUGCGGGGAAACAAUUUCGCUGAUUUGCUCCCAGAUGCUGAAGCCUUUGGUCGAUUCUUAAAUGAAACCCGCUUGGACUCAAGCAACACUUCACAACACAAAUGCGAUAAUAAUGCCACCGAUCUGUACGAUCGGGAGUGUUAUUUAUACUUUCAAAACAACACAAACACGGAACACUCAAUCACGACCGGUAUAGACUAUGAGCACUAUAUUAAUUUAUUAAGAGGUCGUUUUCAUCAUCACGGAAAGACAUCCCAAUCCAUAGCUUGGGCGAGUUUCCCUAAACUCCCUCGACUUGUGGAGCUGGACAUUAGCAACUGCAGCAUAGAGUAUGUGAGCAAAGAUGCCUUCAAGAACAUCAGUAACCUGAAGCGGCUCUUCAUGUCGGAAAACAAGAUAAUGGCCCUAAACCAUGACACAUUUUUCUACAUUCAGAAAUUGCAAUAUUUGGAUCUUUCCUUCACCAACUUCCUGACCUACAGUUAUCAAUUGCAGUUGCCUACUCUUGAAAUGGCCCUCAGCCUGAUCUAUGGCCUAAAAAUCCAACAGAAUGUAUUCAAGCUAUUGCCAGAAUUAAUCUACUUGGACCUGUCCCACUCAAAGAUGACCCGGAAUAGUGCUGUGGCCUUUGCCCAUCUAGGGGAUAAGUUGAGGUUCCUAAGUCUGUGCUAUACGGCUAUCCCCAUGGUGAGCAGCGCUAUCUUCAAGAAUACGGUUUUGGAGGGUCUGGACUUGUCGGGAAACCCCUAUUUAUCCUAUAACAUUAUCGAUGACGCCUUUGAUGGAAUUGCUGACACCCUAAAGUAUUUGUACUUUGAGCGUUCGAACCUGAAAGAUUUGGAGUGGUCCAAGUCGUUGAAGAAGCUCCAAGUGCUGGGUCUUUCGGGUAAUAAUAUAAAUUCCCUGACCCCGGUGAUGUUCCACAACCUGGAGUCGCUGGAAAUCCUAGAUCUCAGCUCGAACCAUGUGGGCAAUUGGUAUCGCAGUGCCUUCCACAAUAACUCCGCGUUGAGGGUAUUAAAUCUGAGGAGUAACACCAUCAAUAUGCUGUCCAACGAGAUGCUAAAGGAUUUUGAGGGUUUAGAAUACCUAAGUCUGGGAGAUAAUGCUUUUAUAUGCGACUGUCAUUUGAGAGCGGUCGUGGAGGUAGCUGCUGCGAAUAACAAGGAAGCGGACUGCUCCUACAACAUCCUAAACUAUAGCCAGGGAUCGGUGGAAAGCGAUCUAAUAACGGCAGCAGAGUUACUGAAUAUAGAUCGAAAUAUUUGGCAGAGUCGCUAUUUUCCCAAGUUGAAGAAGAGUUACUCUAACGUAAAGGAAUUUAAUCGUGUUAAUCAUAUAUUCAGAUUCCGUUUCUCUAUCGAGGAUUAUAAGGUUACCAAGUGCUCUACAUCUGCUUCAUAUCAUUUGGAUGAAUUCGGAGAAGAUCUCACUCUGAAAUUUCAGCUGCUGGACUACGAGGCCAGUCAGUAUUAUUGCUUUAAUAACACCGAUCAACUCCAGGUCGAUGAGCUCAACUGUCAGGUUCGAACGCUAAGUGAUCUUACGGAGGAGUUGCACCGGGUUACGAAUACUGUGAUCGCUGUGGUUGGCAGUAUUGUUGGUGUUUGCAUACUGGGAUUCAUUAUUUACCUGAGGCGAUGGCAUAUCCACUACUAUUAUUCCUCCUUGAAGUCAGCUGCAUUGUUGUCCAGUGCCUCGAAAGAGUCGGCGGAUAACUUCACUCGUAUAUCCCAAAGGGAUCCCAGCGCCGUAUAUGACAUCUUCAUUAGCUACUGCCAAAACGAUCGCCCUUGGGUGCUCAAUGAACUCUUGCCAAAUGUAGAGGAAACUGGGGAUGUAUCCAUUUGUCUUCACGAGCGAGACUUUCAGAUCGGAGUAACAAUCCUGGACAACAUUAUCUCCUGUAUGGAUCGUUCUUACUCCCUAAUGCUCAUCAUAUCCUCAAAAUUCUUGCUAAGCCACUGGUGUCAAUUUGAAAUGUAUUUGGCACAGCAUCGAAUCUUUGAGGUGAGCAAGGAACACUUGAUCCUGGUUUUCCUAGAAGACAUUCCACGUCGAAAACGUCCAAAAACUUUACAAUACCUAAUGGAUGUGAAAACAUAUAUUAAAUGGCCAACUGGCAAGGGAGAUGCAAGUCCCAAAUUUGAGGAGCGAAAGCUUUUUUGGAAACGGUUAAGAAGAUCACUAGAGGUCAUAGGAAUUAGUUCUAGAGAGGUUUAUGUUUAAGAAUUACCUAGCGUACCUUAUUUUGGUACAAAGAGUUCUAGUCAGAUUAAAAAGUACCUGAAAAUAAAUAAAAAUAAAACUUUA